ACGUCGCCCAAUAAUAGCCAAUGGUUAACUCAUGCCGUUUUGCUUCCUGUUCUCUGAAAACAUUUUGUGUCACUAAAAUCUCUCCACAUCAGAAUCUACUCCUGAGGAGGAAAAUGUCAGUUUUUUUGCACACUUCCUCCUUCAAUUGCCAUUUCUGCAAUCUUCCUUCUCCUAUUACAUAUUCAUUUUCCCAUAAAGCUUCUUUCACUGUUCUACCAUUGAAGGGUUGCUUCAGAAUCCAUGGAACUUCAGAUAAACUGGACAUACCAAUUAAAACUAUGGAAGUUAAGGCAGAAGAAGGGGAUUUGCAAAUGAAAAAGAUUCAGGAGACUGGAAAUGAAGGAAGUGAUAUCAAAGUUUCUACUACUUCCACUUCUUCUGCUACUACUCCUGCAAUUGAGAAAGACCUCAAAAAGGCAGUUAAUAAGGCCGCUUCAACCUUUGCUCCAAGGGCUUCCACAGCUACCAAAAAUCCUGCUGUUCCGGGAAGUACUUUAUACAAAGUUUUUGAGGUCCAAGGAUAUGUUUCUAUGCUGCUGGGUGGAGUUCUCUCCUUCAAUCUUAUAUUCCCGUCAAACGAACCUGAUAUUUGGCGAUUAAUGGGCAUGUGGUCCAUUUGGAUGUUCACCAUCCCUUCUCUUCGUGCUCGAGAUUGUUCGAACAAAGAAAAAGAAGCACUCAACUAUCUAUUCCUUCUAAUUCCAUUACUAAAUGUCACGAUCCCAUUCUUCUGGAAAUCUUUUGCCGUUGUUUGGUCUGCAGAUACCGUUGCCUUCUUUUUAAUGUAUGCUUGGAAGUUAGGGUGGCUGCAGAAAACCGAGUAAGGUUGCAAUUGAUGCUUGCCUUGGAUAAAGUCUUUCCCGAAGCAAGUUUAUUUUUGGUUUGAUAUUAUACAGAGUAUGUACAAACUUCUAUCGAUGCUGUAAAUUCUUGGGAAGGAAAGAACAAAAUAUCAGAAGGCAGAAAAUUAGAAACUAUAGGUAUAGCCUUUGAUUUAUCAUUGUGUAAAAUCCUCGUGUCUCGUUCGAGCAGUGUUACUCGUAUGAGUCGUACGCCUUAGCUAUUGAAAUGGCAAGGUUAUUCUAUAGUUUCAUCAAUUCUUCCAAAGAGCUGUAUACUUGGUUGGAUCCUGGUCUUUUCGCAGUGUGUAAAUAUUAUGCAGUUUACUUUGUCAAUUGUAAUGAAAGAUUUUAUCUUGUUCCCUGCUUCAGUA